AUGAGUUUUGACGCUCUUCGCCCGCGGGGGCGACCAGCCCACACUCCCGGUACAACAGUAUUGACAUACACGCCCGACGGCCGACGGAUCAUCACUGGCGGUUCGAAUUCCGCAAUUCGCAUCUACACGGUCGGCGAGGAUGGCGAGCCCAAGACCAUUGACGAGGGUGUCGACGCGCAUUUCGGUAUCGGUGCUACGAAUGGGUCUUUCAUCAUGGGUGCCGAGGAUGGAACGGUCUGGCAGUAUGACAUUCUGUCUGGCAAGAUGCAGAACUUGCUAGUCCGAUGCGCUUUGCCAGUGAGGGAUAUCGCGGUGACGAGAGAUGGGGAGUGGGCGGCUGUAGCAAGCGAUGAACUCACUGUCAAAAUGGUAAAAAUUGACGACAUGACGCAAGUGAAGUACCUUCGGGAACAGUCUAAGGGAACAAAGCACGUCACGUUCGAUCCCAAUGGCCGAUAUGCAACGGUCUCCGGCACUGACGGCAUUCUAUACAUCUACUCUUUGCACGAGGAGGAGCCGGAACUGGUCCGCAAACUUGAUGGGGUGAUUCGACGACUGGAGCCGGAUGCCGAGGCGACAUCGCGAGCUGUGUGGCACCCAGACGGUACUGCAUUUGCCUCUGCUGAAGCAACAAGAGAGAUCUCAAUCUACUCCACUACUGAGUGGAAGAAAGAGAAGACGUUUGCUGGGGGGCAUACCGGCGAUAUCACGGCAUUGAGCUGGGCCCCGAACGGAACUCUUCUGGCUUCUGCAGCGGCAGACGGACAAAUUGUGCUCUGGGAAGCAAAGACGCAGAAGAUCCUACAACGAUACGACUUUGGAAAUGUUAUGAACCUUGCAUGGCACCCGACUAAAAACUCACUUUCAUUCACGACCUCAGAUGGAGAGCUUUUCAUCUAUGAUAACUUUGUACCGAAAGACCACGAAUCACUCCUGCAGAAGUCCCUGCAGGCUGCCCCUAUUUUCCCUGGACCUCUAGGCGAGAUCUCUAGCAAUGUCCAGCGAACAACGUUGGCAGAUCGGUCCAAGGAGGCCAUCCAGCGAGCUGCCAGAAGGGGAACUCCAGACUCGCUGGAUGAUAUCCUAGGCGGCGAUGAAGAGAUGGGCGAUUUUGUUGAUGACGAUGAUGGAGCUGGCUAUGCCGAGGAUGAGCUCAAUAUCUAUGGAAAGCGGCCAAAUGGUCAUCUCAAUGACAUUGGUGGCCCCGACAGCAAGCGAAUUCACUCUGGCGGUAGUUUGCAGCCCUUGGCCCACCCGCCUCUCCAGCCUGGCAGCACGCCAUGGGCUGGAAGUAGGAGAUAUCUCUGUCUGAACUUGAUUGGUGCUGUCUGGACUGUUGACCAAGAAACGCACCAUACUGUGACUGUGGAAUUCUACGACCGAGAGGCUCAUCGAGACUUCCAUUUCACCGAUCCUUAUAUGUACGACAAGGCUUGUCUGAAUGACAACGGUACACUUUUCGCCAAUAGUCCUUCUGACGGCAGCGCUGCCACUAUCUUCUAUCGACCGCAUGAGACAUGGACUACGCGAGCGGAUUGGCGAACUCAAUUGCCCGAGGGAGAACAAGUUCGAGCUUUGGCGCUCAGCGACUCAUACAUCGUCGCUGUGACAUCAAAGGACUAUGUCCGCGUGUACACCCUCUUUGGGACCCCUUUCAAGGUAUACAGGCAAAAGAGUCAAGCCGUCACUUGCGCGGCUUGGCGCGACUACAUUAUGAGCAUCGGCAAUGGACCCAUUGGGGUCGAUGGCCGCCACACGAGUUUACGAUAUACGGUGGAGAAUGUCAAGCGUGACGAAAUUUGCCAGAACGAAGAUACAGUGGCCCUUCCGGAAGGGGCUUCAUUGCAGAGUGUUUUCUUCUCCGACUCCGGGGAUCCUUGCAUCUACGACUCCACCGGUGUCCUACUGGUGCUACAGCAUUGGCGCACACCCGGGCAAGCCCGGUGGGUUCCUCUCCUUGACACAAAGCAAAUGGCACGUCUCGCAGGCGGACGGAAAGAAGAGACGUACUGGCCAGUCGCUGUUGCACAAGACAAAUUCCACUGCAUCAUCCUCAAGGGUGGCGACAAAAACCCCUACUUCCCACGGCCACUUCUCAGCGAGUUCGACUUCCAGAUCCCUAUCUCCAGUGUUCCCCCGAAAGAUUCCCACGAAUCCGAAGAAGCAGCAGCAGAGCGUACUGAGGGAUCCCGAUUCGAGGAAUCAUUCGUACGCGGAAAUAUCCUCCUAUCUCUCUUCCGCGACUUGUUGUCCUCAACCAAUGCGACAGCAAGUCAGCGUUCUGAUAUGGCGCGGAGAGAGCUCGACCUGGAUAAGAACUUGCUGCAGAUGCUGGCCAUUGAAUGCAGAGAGGGCGAGGAGCGUGGAAUGAAGGCACUAGAGUUGGUGGCUAUGAUGACGGACCGCAACGGCAAGAUGCUCGAGGCAGCUGCUAAGGUUGCACAGCGUUAUGGACGUGGUGUUCUGGAGGAUAAGAUCCGCGAUAUGGCAGAGCGACGAGUCAUGGGAAUGGGCGAUGAUGAUGAAUUGGCUUGA